CGGGGCUGGGGGAGGUGAGAGGUGCUUUAGCCAUCCGCCGCUUUCUCCCCCUCCAUACACACACACACACACACACACACACACACACACACACACCCCUCAACCGCGACGGGUUCUCCGCAGCUCGCAGACACCCUAAGGGAGGGAGAAAGAGAGAACGGGAGCAGAGGGAAGCCGGGAGCAGAUAGAAGGGAGAAGGAAGAGCUCAGGGUUGGACAUUUUUGGAGCUAGGGGUGGGGAGGAGAAAGGGAGCGUACCUCCUCGAUUUUCCCCUCCCCACCCCUCUCUGCUUUUCUCUCCCCUUCGUUGUAUAGCAUUUUCCAGAAGCGGCAGCGGAAGGGGACAGAACCCUUUAGUCUAGAAAGAUUUGGAGGGGUGGCCGGGUCUCCCGCCAGCCGCUACCUGGCAGCCGGAGCUGGGGUGUGCGUCUGUGCAUGUCAGAGUGUAAAUGCGGUUCUCUCUGUGUGCCUCGCUCUCCCUGUCUCGCUCUCCCUGUCUCUUCUCUCUUUCUCUCUCUCUCGCUCACACUCCCGUGCCGGCUCCCCUUGUCCGUUUCCCCGUGUCAGUUUCUUCCCCUGCUCCUGCUGUGCGGCUGGCGGCGUGAAGGGCGUGCGUGCCCUCGGAGCGGCCCAGGUGGGGUCAGACAGCGGGGAGAAGCGAGAGAGCACACGGCAGGGGCGGGUGGCGCCAAGAGUUUGGGGGCGCUGACGGAGGCGGAAGGUGAGGAGGGCCGGCCGGCCACAGGGAAGUUUGGGGAUAACUGAGGAGCGAAGGGAGAAAAACCAAGGUAGGACCAGCACUUGCGCCUCUCGCCGCACCCCGCCCCUUUCCCGGUGCUGCUCUGCCCACCGCUGGGCAGCCUCCAGGCCCGGGGCUGUCCCGGGCGGCUGCUGUUUGCGCGCCGCCGCCGGUCGGAGACCGAGUCCGGUAAGGCGGCCGCACCGCGCGCCUUGGCUCGCGGACACCAGACGACGCAGAUCCGAACAGACCGCUCGGCCCGGGAAAAGGAAACAGACAUAGAGAAGAGGUAAAUGUGACUAGUUCAAGUUCAUACUUCAAUUAGCAGAAGAGCUGACACUAGAAUCCAAGUCUCCUAAUUCCCAGGACACUAUUCUUCAAACUGCACCAUUUUACACAUACAGGUUGCUAAGUUGCUAUGAACCAUGGCCCAACUGUACUACAAAAAAGUCAACUACUCACCUUACAGAGACCGUAUCCCCCUGCAAAUCGUGAGGGCUGAGACAGAGCUCUCUGCAGAAGAGAAGGCGUUCCUCAAUGCUGUGGAGAAGGGGGACUAUGCCACCGUGAAGCAGGCCCUACAGGAGGCUGAGAUCUACUACAAUGUCAACAUCAACUGCAUGGAUCCUCUGGGCCGGAGCGCCCUGCUCAUUGCCAUUGAGAAUGAGAAUUUGGAGAUCAUGGAGCUACUGCUGAACCACAGCGUGUACGUAGGCGAUGCAUUGCUCUACGCCAUCCGCAAGGAGGUGGUGGGCGCUGUGGAGCUUCUGCUCAGCUACAGGCGGCCCAGUGGAGAGAAGCAGGUUCCCACUCUGAUGAUGGAUACCCAGUUCUCUGAGUUCACACCGGACAUCACUCCCAUCAUGCUGGCCGCCCAUACCAACAACUAUGAAAUCAUCAAAUUGCUUGUUCAAAAACGGGUCACUAUCCCACGGCCCCACCAGAUCCGCUGCAACUGUGUCGAGUGUGUGUCCAGUUCAGAGGUAGACAGUCUGCGCCACUCCCGCUCCCGUCUGAACAUCUAUAAAGCGCUAGCAAGCCCCUCACUCAUUGCCUUAUCAAGUGAGGACCCCAUCCUAACUGCCUUCCGUCUGGGCUGGGAGCUCAAAGAGCUCAGCAAGGUGGAGAAUGAGUUCAAGGCCGAGUAUGAGGAACUCUCCCAGCAGUGCAAGCUCUUUGCCAAAGACCUGCUGGACCAAGCUCGGAGCUCCCGGGAACUGGAGAUCAUCCUCAACCAUCGAGAUGACCACAGUGAAGAACUUGACCCUCAGAAGUACCAUGACCUGGCCAAGCUGAAGGUGGCAAUCAAAUACCACCAGAAAGAGUUUGUUGCUCAGCCUAAUUGCCAACAGUUACUUGCCACUCUGUGGUAUGACGGCUUCCCUGGAUGGCGACGGAAACACUGGGUAGUCAAGCUUCUUACCUGCAUGACCAUUGGAUUCCUCUUUCCCAUGCUGUCUAUAGCUUAUCUGAUCUCACCCAGGAGCAACCUUGGGCUGUUCAUCAAGAAACCCUUUAUCAAGUUUAUCUGCCACACAGCAUCAUAUCUGACCUUCCUCUUCAUGCUUCUCCUGGCUUCUCAGCACAUUGUCAGGACAGACCUUCAUGUACAGGGGCCUCCCCCAACAGUCGUGGAAUGGAUGAUAUUGCCUUGGGUUCUCGGUUUCAUUUGGGGGGAGAUUAAGGAAAUGUGGGAUGGUGGAUUUACUGAAUACAUCCAUGACUGGUGGAACCUGAUGGAUUUUGCAAUGAACUCACUCUACCUGGCAACCAUUUCCUUGAAGAUUGUGGCCUAUGUAAAGUAUAAUGGUUCUCGUCCAAGGGAAGAAUGGGAAAUGUGGCACCCGACUCUGAUUGCGGAAGCACUGUUUGCAAUAUCCAACAUUUUAAGUUCGUUGCGUCUCAUAUCCCUGUUCACAGCCAACUCCCACUUGGGGCCUCUGCAGAUCUCUUUGGGGCGCAUGCUGCUUGAUAUCCUCAAAUUCCUCUUUAUCUACUGCCUGGUACUGCUGGCUUUUGCCAACGGACUGAACCAGCUUUACUUUUACUAUGAGACCAGAGCGAUCGAUGAACCAAACAACUGCAAGGGAAUCCGAUGUGAGAAACAGAAUAAUGCCUUCUCCACGCUGUUUGAAACCCUUCAGUCGCUCUUCUGGUCUGUAUUUGGCCUUCUAAAUCUCUAUGUUACCAACGUGAAAGCCAGACAUGAGUUCACAGAGUUUGUGGGAGCUACGAUGUUUGGGACAUACAACGUCAUCUCCCUGGUGGUGCUGCUGAACAUGCUGAUUGCCAUGAUGAACAACUCUUACCAGCUUAUUGCCGAUCAUGCCGAUAUUGAGUGGAAAUUUGCAAGGACAAAGCUCUGGAUGAGUUACUUUGAUGAAGGCGGCACCUUGCCACCUCCUUUCAAUAUCAUCCCCAGUCCCAAGUCAUUUCUCUACCUUGGUAACUGGUUCAACAACACCUUCUGCCCCAAAAGAGACCCUGAUGGGAGACGGAGGAGACACAACUUGAGAAGCUUCACAGAACGCCAUGCUGACAGCCUGAUACAGAAUCAACAUUACCAGGAAGUUAUCAGGAAUUUAGUCAAAAGAUACGUGGCCGCUAUGAUAAGAAAUUCCAAAACGAACGAGGGACUGACAGAAGAAAAUUUUAAGGAAUUAAAGCAGGACAUCUCCAGCUUUCGAUAUGAAGUACUCGACCUCUUAGGAAAUAGGAAACACUCAAGGAGAAGCUUUUCUGCGAGCAGCACCGAACUGUCCCAGAGGGAUGAUACCAAUGAUGGCAGUGGUGGGGCUCGGGCCAAAUCCAAGAGUGUCUCUUUCAAUUUAGGCUGCAAGAAAAAGGCCUGCCACGGGCCACCUCUCAUCAGAACCAUGCCAAGAGCCGGCGGUGCCCAAGGGAAGUCAAAAGCCGAGUCAUCAAGCAAACGCUCCUUCAUGGGUCCUUCUCUCAAGAAACUCGGUCUCCUAUUCUCCAAGUUUAACGGUCAUAUGUCUGAACCCAGUUCAGAGCCAAUGUGCACCAUUUCGGAUGGCAUCGCUCAGCAGCACUAUAUGUGGCAGGACAUCAGGUAUUCUCAGAUGGAGACCGGGAAAGCAGAGGCCUGCUCUCAAAGUGAAAUUAACCUCAGUGAGGUAGAAUUAGGGGAAGCCCGGGGCGCUGCUCAGAGCCGUGAAUGCCCUCUAGCCUGUUCCAGCUCUCUCCACUGUGCAUCCAGCAUCUGUUCCUCGAAUUCUAAACUUUUAGACUCCUCAGAGGACGUCUUUGAAACUUGGGGAGAGGCUUGCGACCUGCUCAUGCACAAAUGGGGUGACGGACAGGAAGAACAAGUUACAACUCGGCUCUAAGUCAGACCCCUACCACCUGUUCUGGAACUCAAGAGAAACUUUGUAAUUUCCUUGCUCUCAAAGGUGACACGGCGUACGACUCCCUCAUUGCCCUGAGCCACCCCAGCCCCACCCCUCCCCCACCCCUCCCC